CUCUUUUCGCCUUCUCCAACAUGGCGGCGGGCACCGGAGAGGAGCAGUUCCCAUUUCAAGGGCUCCUGCCCAAGAAGGAGACCGGUGCUGCCUCUUUCCUUUCCCGGUACCCCGAAUAUGAUGGACGGGGAGUGUUACUGGCCAUUUUAGACACGGGUGUGGACCCCGGAGCGCCGGGCAUGCAGAUUACAACUGAUGGGAAACCCAAGAUAAUUGACAUCAUAGAUACAACAGGCAGUGGUGAUGUAAACACUUCAACUGUUGUAGAACCAAAAGAUGGCGAAGUUGUUGGUCUUUCAGGAAGAACCCUGAAGAUCCCAGCAGACUGGAUAAAUCCUUCAGGGAAGUAUCAUAUCGGCUUAAAAAAUGGUUAUGACUUCUAUCCUAAAGCUCUUAAGGAACGAAUACAAAAAGAACGCAAGGAAAAGCUCUGGGAUCCUGUUCAUAGGUUGGUGCUAGCAGAAGCCUGUCGGAAGCAAGAUGAGUUUGAAGCCACUCACAGCUCUCCCUCACAGGAAAGCAAACUAAUGAAGGAAGAGCUUCAGAGUCAAGUAGAGUUGUUGAAUUCUUUUGAGAAAAAAUAUAAUGAUCCUGGUCCUGUAUAUGACUGCUUGGUGUGGCAUGAUGGUGAAACCUGGAGAGCUUGUAUUGAUUUAAGUGAAACAGGUGAUUUUUCUAACUGCACUGUUCUACGGAACUACAAAGAAGGCCAAGAAUAUGGAUCUUUUGGUACAUCAGAGAUGUUGAAUUAUUCUGUCAAUGUCUACGAUGAGGGGAAUUUGCUCUCGAUUGUGACAAGUGGAGGAGCACAUGGAACACAUGUUGCUAGUAUAGCUGCUGGAUAUUUUCCAGAUGAUCCAGAUCGAAAUGGUGUGGCCCCUGGUGCACAAAUUCUUGCAAUCAAGAUUGGUGAUACAAGAUUAAGCACCAUGGAAACUGGCACGGGCCUUAUAAGAGCUAUGAUAGAAACAAUAAAAUAUAAGUGUGACCUUGUCAACUACAGUUAUGGAGAAGCAACCCACUGGCCAAAUGCUGGGAGAAUAUGUGAGGUAAUUAAUGAAGCUGUUUGGAAACACAAUGUCAUCUAUGUUUCAAGUGCUGGGAACAAUGGUCCUUGUCUGUCCACUGUUGGAUGUCCUGGAGGAACCACAUCUAGUGUGAUUGGUGUUGGUGCAUAUGUAUCACCUGAUAUGAUGGUCGCUGAAUACUCGCUGCGAGAGAAACUACCUGCAAAUCAGUAUACUUGGUCAUCUCGAGGGCCUAGUACGGAUGGAGCACUGGGGGUGAGCAUUAGUGCACCUGGAGGUGCUAUUGCAUCUGUUCCAAACUGGACCUUACGAGGGACACAGCUCAUGAAUGGCACAUCCAUGUCUUCACCUAAUGCAUGUGGUGGCAUUGCUUUAGUAUUGUCAGGACUUAAAGCUAAUGGUGUGUGUUACACUGUACAUUCAGUGAGGAGAGCACUAGAAAAUACUGCAGUGAAGGUGGAAAACAUACAUGUAUUUGCACAAGGACAUGGUGUUAUUCAGGUUGAUAAAGCCUAUGACUACCUCACUCAGAAUUCAUCCUUUGCAAACAACAUCGGUUUUACUGUUACCUGUGGCAACAACCGUGGAAUCUACCUCAGGGAACCUGUUCAGGUAGCUGCACCUUCGGACCAUGGAGUUGGCAUAGAACCAUUCUUUCCUGAAAAUACAGAAAAUAGUGACAGGAUAUCCCUCCAGCUUCAUUUAGCACUGACUUCAAAUGCAUGCUGGGUUCAGUGCCCUACUCAUCUGGAGCUCAUGAAUCAGUGCAGGCACAUUAACAUUCGUGUGGAUCCACGUGGCCUACGGGAAGGAGUUCACUAUACAGAGGUGUGUGGUUAUGAAAUAUCAAUGCCUAAUGCAGGUCCUUUGUUUAGAGUUCCAGUAACUGUUGUUAUACCAGCAAGGAUAGAUGAAGCUUCACACUAUGAUCUUAAAUUUACUGAUGUUCAUUUUAAACCUGGUCAAGUCCAAAGACACUUCGUUGAAGUUCCUUCGGGAGCAACAUGGGCUGAAGUAACAGUGUGCUCAUCAUCAUCUGAUGUAACUGCCAAGUUCGUUCUCCAUGCGGUUCAGUUAGUAAAGCAAAAAGCAUACCGAAGUCAUGAGUUCUACAAAUUCUCUUCGAUUCCAGAAAAAGGAUCCAUUACUGAAGCAUUUCCGGUCUUAGGUGGAAGAACAAUUGAAUUCUGCAUUGCUCGUUGGUGGGCAAGCCUCAGUGAUGUCAGCAUUGACUACAGCAUUUCAUUCCAUGGUAUAGUGUGCUCCCCUUCUCCAUUAAACAUUCAUGCAUCAGAAGGCAUAGCACGCUUUGAUGUUCAGUCAGCACUAAAAUAUGAAGACAUUUCUCCUUGCAUUAAUCUCAAAAGCUGGGUUCAAACACUAAGACCUCUGAGUGCUAAAAUAAAACCAUUAGGAUCCCGAGAUGUUUUGCCAAAUAAUCGACAAUUAUAUGAGAUGAUUUUGACAUACAACUUCCAUCAACCUAAGAGUGGAGAAGUAACUCCAAGUUGCCCCUUGCUGUGUGAACUGUUAUAUGAAUCGGAAUUUGACAGCCAGUUGUGGAUUAUCUUUGAUCAGAAUAAAAAGCCAAUGGGGUCAGGGGAUGCCUAUCCUCACCAGUAUUCUGUAAAAUUGGAGAAAGGAGAUUAUACCGUUCGCCUACAAAUACGUCAUGAGCAGAACAGUGAGCUGGAUCGUAUCAAAGACCUUCCAUUUAUUGUCUCACACAGACUGUCUAGUGCCCUGCCUUUAGAUAUUUAUGAAAACCACAACCAGGCUCUUUUAGGGAAGAAAAAGGCAAAUAGUAUGUCUCUUCCGCCAAAACACAGCCAGCCCUUUUUCGUUACAUCUUUGCCAGAUGACAAAGUUCCUAAAGGAGCAAGUCCAGGCUGUUACCUUGUAGGGUCACUAACACUUUCAAAGACAGAACUUGGAAAGAAAGCGGGGCAGUCUGCAGCAAAGCGACAAGCAAAGUUUAAAAAGGAUAUAAUUGCAGUUCACUAUCAUCUGAUCCCAUCCCCAAUAAAAAAUAAGAAUGGCAGCAAGGAGAAGGAAAAGGAUCCAGAAAAAGAAAAAGAUGCAAAGGAUGAAUUUGCUGAAGCUUUAAGAGACCUGAAGAUACAAUGGAUGACUAAGCUUGACACAAGUGAUAUGUAUAAUGAAUUGAAAGAGGCUUUCCCUAAUCAUCUCCCCUUGUAUGUUGCAAGACUUCAUCAGUUGGAUUCAGAAAAGGAACGAAUGAAAAGAUUGAAUGAAGUUAUUGAGGCUGCCAAUAUCGUCAUCUCUCAUAUUGAUCAAACUGCUCUUGCAAUUUACCUUGCCAUGAAGACCGAUCCCAGGCCUGAUGCUGCUACUAUAAAAAAUGAGAUGGACAAACAGAAAUCCACCCUGGUAGAUGCUCUUUGUCGGAAAGGGUGUGCACUGGCUGAUCAGCUUUUGCAGUUGCAGGCCCAGGAAGGGGCUGUGUCAAGUGAUGAAGAAUGUAAAGAUGAAAUCCAAGAGAGUGCACUAGAUGCUCUGACAGAAACAUUCUGGGAAGCAACAAAAUGGACGGACCUGUUUGACAGCAAGGUUUUACUGUUUGCCUAUAAACAUGCACUGGUAAAUAAAAUGUAUGGCAGAGGUCUCAAAUUUGCAACCAAACUUGCAGAGGAGAAGCCCACCAAAGAAAAUUUGAAGACCUGCAUACAGCUAAUGAGGUUACUUGGAUGGACUCACUGUGCAUCUUUCACUAAAAACUGGCUUCCUAUCAUGUAUCCACCUGAUUAUUGUGUGUUUUAAAAAAAUCCUGCAGUUGUAAAUUUGAGAUCUUGUUACAUUGACCUGAUAUACAAAUGUGAUCUUACUGGAAUGCAUGUUUUCAUCCUUUAUUGAAUGCUUAAAUUGUGUGUAUUAAUCUGAGGACAUGGAAUUGCAAUGUGUAUGUGUGCUAGCCUGGCUCCUGUCAUUGAGGAGUCUUUUAGCUUGAGAUUCUUGUGGUAGCCCCUGGUUGCCCUAGGAAUGAAAACAUACGAACAAAAGCUUAAGCAUACAUCACAUUGCUGGCAAUGGAUGUUUCAGAAUGGCCAGCACAAGGAUUAGGAAGUUGGGAAAGUUUCUUGCAUGUGUAUGUGGUUCUUAACUGUUUGUAAUUUUAACCACAAGCCUGUACAAGCUCUUCUUUUUACAAUGAGCAGGGUUUUAACAUGUUCAAACAUAAGUUCUCAAUUGUAUGAAAGCCUUAAAAAGAUGAAGCUACAUCAAGAGUAGCUAAAACAUUAUUUAUUAGAUUUAACAGUAAUGGAAUUUAAUUAUCAGUAUCACCCACAAGAGUUUACAUUUUAAAUUUUUUAAAAACAACACUUUCACACUCAUUGCAAAUAUAUUCUGAAUUGCUGGUGCAAAGGUGCUCUUGAAUAUCUUCAACUUGAAGAUACUCUUAAAUAUCCAUGUGAUACAGAGUAUCAGGAUAAACUGAUAACAUCUAUAAAUUGUCAGUCAGUUAACAAUCAGGUAUUGUAAAACUUAUACAUAUAUGUUAAUAAUGUUUGAAAAAUGUAAAACUGCAAAAUAAAUGUGCAAAUUUCAGUAUCAAAAA